AUGGAUUGUAAAAGUUACAUUAUAUGUUUAGCGUUUAUUUUAAGUUUGAAUUAUGUUUGCUGUCAGUAUAGAGCAAAAAAUAUUCAAGGUUCAUCCUUGUCUGAUCGGGUGCAACAAUUAACAGAACUAGCUCUUACAAGGUCUGUAAUUAAAUUCAACAGCGCAAAGUUUAAGGAAUAUGUUAAAACCACGCCAAGAAAUUAUUCUGUCAUUGUAAUGUUUACUGCAAUGGCACCGCAAAGACACUGCCAGAUCUGCAGGCAUGCAAAUGAUGAAUUUGUAAUAGCAGCAAAUUCAUUCCGGUAUUUGCAAUCUCAUUCAAAGAAAUUAUUCUUUGCAUCUGUGGAUUUUGAUGAAGGAUCAGAUGUAUUUCAAAUGAUGAAAUUAAACAGUGCACCAGUAUACAUGCACUUCCCACCAAAAGGAAAACCAAAGCAUGCUGAUACUAUGGAUAUCCAAAGAGUAGGAUUUGGAGCAGAAGCUGUUGCAAAAUGGAUAUCUGAACGUACUGAUAUUCAGAUUAGAGUAUUUAGACCUCCAAACUAUUCUGGCACAAUAGCAAUAAUAAUGUUGCUAGUAUUUAUUGGAGGAUUCUUGUAUCUCAGACGCAAUAACUUGGAUUUUAUUUACAACAAAACUAUGUGGGGAUUUGGAGCAUUGUUUUUCACGCUUACAAUGAUUUCCGGACAAAUGUGGAAUCAUAUCAGAGGACCGCCGUUCAUACAUAAAUCUCCCAGUGGAGGUGUAGCUUACAUUCAUGCAUCUUCCCAAGGUCAAUUUAUUUUGGAAACCUAUAUUGUCAUGAUUUUGAAUGGAGCGGUAGUAUUAGGUAUGAUUUUAAUGACUGAAUCCGCAUCGCGUAAAGGUGAUGUGAAAAAGCGGCGGAUAUUUGCCGCUAUAGGUGCAGGUUUAGUUGCUAUUUUUUUCAGUCUUCUAUUAUCAAUAUUUAGGAACAAAGCCCAAGGUUAUCCAUACAGCUUACUGUUUAAAUAAAAAAAUGAAUACUGAAAGUGGUUACUUCCUGUAUUACAGAAGCAUUUUUCCAGCUAAAAAGCAUUUAUUUAAUCAAAUGUAUAUUAUUGAAAUAAAAAUGUGUUCCUUAUUUUAAA